AUGAAGAUCGUUAUCCAAAAAGUCAAAUCAGCGUCCGUUACCGUCAACCACCAACUCAUUUCCUCCAUAACCAAAGGUUUAAUGGUUCUAGUGGGAAUCUCCACCUCCGAUACCCCCGAAGAUAUCACCAAAAUGUCGAAAAAGCUCCUAAAUCUCAGAAUUUUCGAAGACUUAGCCAUUGAAGACGAUCGGUACUCCGGUAAACCAUGGAGUAAAUCCAUCAAAGAUUUGGGUUUAGAGGUUCUUUGUGUAUCACAAUUCACCUUGUACGGUACCGUCACCAAGGGAACCAAGCCAGACUUCCACAAGGCAGAGAAAGGACCCAUUGCUAGGGAGAAGUAUGAAGAAUUCUUAAGCCAGUUGAGAGUGGAGUUGGGAGAUAAGGUGAAAGACGGGAAGUUUGGGGAGAUGAUGGAAGUAAGUUUAGUGAACGAUGGACCUGUGACGAUAGUUUACGAGACGUGA